AUGAGUAAGGCGAAGCCUUUUUCAGAUGAGAAAGGGCAUAAUGAGUACAAGUAUACACAAGAGAUAUCCCAAAUGAUGUUCGUGUUCGGAGAGGUUCAGGAUCCGAAUCUUGUUGCAGUUAACCUGGUUGAAGACAUCGUCAGAACCCAGGUUCUAGAAAUCGUUAUCCAAGCUCGAUUGAUGUCGGCUAAACGAGGCGCAAGACACAUAUCCCCUGAAGACCUGAUAUUCAUUAUCCGAGACGAUAAAGCAAAAGUAAAUCGCCUCAGAACCUAUAUGAGUUGGAAGGAUGUCCGAAAGAAUGCAAAAGAGCCCGGAGGCGAUGGGAAGGCUGAUGUGGACGACGCCCUGGAUGACGGUGCCGACGAACCCAGCGCUACGAAAACUCGAAAACGCAUCAUCAAACUUUCAUGGGAUAUUACGACAAUAUAUUCGGACGUAUUCAAAACGCUAGCUGCUGCCAACCCGGGCAGACAUAUCGGUCAUUCUGAUGACGAGGAUGAGGAUGAGAUGGAGGCUCACGAGGACAGCGUGAAACGUCUCAGGGAUGCGGAUGAGGCGACUCGGAAUAUGACAAAGGAAGAAUAUAUGCAUUAUUCAGACUGCCGACAAGCCUCCUUCACCUAUCGCAAAACUAAGCGAUUUAAAGACUUCCUCAAUCUCCCUCAACAGCUUGAAUUACGAUCGGAUGACACGAUUGACAUCCUUGGCUUCCUCGCCUUCGAAAUCGUUCGCGCUCUUACACUAGGCGCUCUCGAAGUGAAACGUUCGCUCGAAGAUGCCGCAUACACGAACAAGCGCAAGGCACCUGUUCAAGGACCUACUUCAGGCGCAUCCCCUUCCAUGCGAGCCUCGAAACGACUGCGAGCAGAUGGGACGGAACUCGAAGACAACAUGAAUGAGGCUCCUUGGGGUGGUGCUCCAACCCCAACUAGUUCUCUCUUUCUUGCGCCACCUGAAGCGCGGACUCCCUUAACUCCGCAACACAUUCAAGAUGCAUUCACGAGAAUGCAACGAGACCAAAGCCAAAUCAAGCGAGCUGGUAUGCGGAACUGGAGAGGUGGACUUGUUCGAACUCGGAUCGGCCUUAUUUGAGCGGCUUAAUCUCUUGCAUGCAUCCUCAUCAGCUCAUGAUUAUACCCACAAAGACACUGACGUAUUCCUUGCUGCACAUUGGGAUCUGUAUCAUUACCUUGUGGACAUUAGUGUACAGGCGCGGCGCUACCAACAGCAUUAAACCAUAAACUAUAGCUCCAACUCAUCGUAGACGUCCGCCAUCAAACUCUCCCUGUAAUGCGGAUGGCGCUCGGUAGGAUGAAAACUAUUUAGCACUUCCUCCCCGUGCCCUUUAUGCUCUGACACAAACGCAGCAGCAACCGUCACUGCCCGUGUUUCUUGUAUGAUUCUUUCAGAGGUUUCCUGCAUCAU